ACCAGCAUUUGUACAAGUACAGAAGAUUGAGGUUAAGCAUCGCCGAAAUGCAAGCCCUAAUUUGGAACCCUCGUCUACUGACAUCACGCUGCUGCUCCUCAUGGCCGAGAAGUCUCAACUUGACAACCUCAUUUUGUUCUCUAUCUGAUCAUAACAACAAUAAUUCUAAGAAUAACGAUGAUGUUUACACUAACCAAGCUCGUGGAGGCCUCCCUCGCUUCCACUCCCCACUCCUCCCUCAUUCCCAGGGUAAUAUUCUUCGCGUUGUAGGCGAUGAGUUUUGGCAUAUGACUAAGGUUCUGAGGCUUAGUACCGAUGAUAGGAUAGAGCUGUUCAAUGGGAAAGGAGGCAUAAUUAAAGGCUUCAUAAAAAGCGUUGACCGCGGUGGACUAGACUUUGUGGCUUUGGAGGACCCGAGGGUAGUGUCUCCUCCCACUAGCGAAUGGCACGUGUGUGCUGCUUUUGGCACUUUAAAGGGUGGUCGUGCUGAUUGGCUUGUAGAGAAAUGCACAGAGCUUGGUGCCAAAAGCUUAACUCCACUGCUGACUGAGCGUUCAAGUUCUAUUUCAGAAAAUCGCAUUAACAGAAUGCAACGUGUAAUUCUUUCUGCGACAAAACAAUGUCAACGUCUGCAUGAAAUGACCAUAAAUCGUCCUGCAAAUAUCAAAGGCCUUCUACCUAUUGUUGCACAGUCAAAGCUAUCUUUGGUGGCUGUAGCCGAGGCUACUCCUGUUAUCAAUGUGUUAACUUCCUCCAAAUUGGAAUUCCCUGGUCUAAUCAUAAUUGGACCAGAAGGGGACUUCACGGAGAAAGAAUUAAAUAUGAUUGUAGGGGCUGGAGCAACAACUGUGGGUCUUGGUCCACAUCGCCUUCGAGUUGAAACUGCUACAAUGAGUCUUCUGGCAACUCUGAUGUUGUGGUCUGAUGCUCAACAUAUACCUUGUCAGUAACUCUGCUGGUUUUCCAUCUAUCUUACUCACUAGUUAGAUGUAUCCAUUAUAUUUUUUUACUAUCAUUGCCCUCAGCGGUACGUCAUGCUCCCUGCCGAAAGGUUUUUGUACUAUGAAGAGAUUCUUAAAUUACGGUAGAUGGCAGUUGGAUAUUUUAGCUCCUUGUUGAGAAAACUUGAUGUUCAAAUCAGAUGGGAAUUUUUGUAGAUUAUAAUUGUUGUAUUAAUUGUAAUAUUACAACUUC